UUCAAAAUGGCUGGCGUAAAUCCUUUUUCAUCAAGAAUAAUAAUGGUGGACGCAGAAACACGAAAAACUCUGAGUAAUAUUCCUUUGCUGAAAACUCGAGCUGGGCCUCGUGAUAGUGAAUUAUGGCCAACUCGUCUAAAAGAAGAAUAUCAGUCUCUUAUAAAGUAUGUACAGAACAACAAGGAGGCUGACAAUGACUGGUUUAGGUUGGAAUCAAACAAAGAUGGUACACGGUGGUUUGGAAAGUGCUGGUACAUACACGAACUACUGAAAUACGAAUUUGAUGUAGAGUUUGAUAUGCCAGUGACCUAUCCAAGCACAUCACCUGAAAUUGCACUUCCAGAGCUCGAUGGGAAGACAGCUAAGAUGUAUCGUGGUGGCAAGAUCUGUCUGACAGACCACUUCAAACCACUUUGGGCUAAGAACGUUCCUAAGUUUGGUAUUGCACACGCUAUGGCACUUGGGCUUGGUCCAUGGCUGGCUGUAGAGAUUCCUGAUCUGAUUGAGAAAGGCAUUAUAUCAUAUAAGGAAAUAAUGUGUGUGUGUGUAUGUAUUUCGGUAUCUUUGUUGAAACAGUAAAAAACAAGAGCAGUUCUUGGCAGCCAUUGGGUAAUUAUUAGGGAUUGAAUUUACAAAUGCAAUGCUAUAAAUAUAUACUUUAAAUGUUAAGGAAAGAACACUGCCACUGGGGGUUUAUUAGGAUGGAUGCAACUGACUUUAACACUCUUUGCACAUGCGUAUAGAGGAAUAGCACUAGUUCUCAGCAUACUGCAAAUUAAGGUGCUAAAUAUGAUUCGUCCUCAGCUUAAGACCGUAUCUCUGUACACAGUACAUUAAAGAGAUAUACUCUAAAACGUCUUGUGGUAAUAAUAUAAUAAGAAUAAUAAUAAUAAUAAUAAUAGAAAAUUUUUUAUAGUGCAAAUUAUAAAACAAUGUUAAAAUCAAAUGUACUUAUGACUGAAAGUUAUGAUGUUUCCUUAAAAAUUAAUCUUUUGAUGUUACCUUUAAAAGUGGAUAACGUCGAAAAUCUGUUAAGAUGUAAUUGUAGGGAGUUCCAGAGAGUAGUAGCUGCAAAAGUGAAAGAUUUGUUGCCUAUAGUUUUAAAAUUGGUUGAGGGAAUAGGUAAAAGGGAAUAGGUAAAAGGCAUUGGUGAGACGAUCCAAAGGAAUGGAAGGUAUAAAUUUUGAACCUAAUGCAUUUGCGAGUGUUAAAAAUAGUUUUACUGUCUGAGCAACUACCUACAGAGCUGUUGUCAUGCUUGAGGACCUCCAGAUCUAGCCACAUUUUGUCAAACUAGUGACCCAGGGAGGGACUUUCACAGACCAAGGAACACCCACCUCAGCCCCACCAUGUGUGGGGCUGAGGUAUGAAAAUUUAUUGGACCACUAUUUGGACCAUGCUAAGCCAUAAAACUCACUCUAUGUGAGAAAUUUUAUUCCGGGUCUCGGGCCGAGACUCUAGUCGUCCCCUUGGUUCGGGACCCCCGGACACUUUGUCGGCAAUUUUCUGGAGCUACUGCUGUUCUAGAAGUUAAGUUGCUUUAGUUAAGAAAUUAUAAACUCAUGGAGUUAUUACUUGGUUAUUAUUUCCAUGGUAAGCCCUAGCUAGUAGUAGGAGGCACUCGGCAUUGUUGGUGUUGUUCAGUGACAGUAACGAAGGUGUUGCAUUGUGUAGUGAAAUCAGUGAUAUAGAAUGCUCACUGUAUAAACCUUUAUAAAUACAUUUUAAAGAUCAUUAUGAAGUUUUUGUAAUAUAUGGUAAACUGUUUACUGGAAGAAUCAAAGGAAUAAAAAGAGCAAAUUUAUACAAA